UUUUUUUCAUCGGCAGAAUCCAGGGUGCAAAUCAAAGGCUCAACUCGCCAUGGAGGAAAGUAGGUGGACCUUGUCUUCCAUGCUGAGCUGGAUUGCACUGAGCUCUUGUUCAUGUGAUACCACAACUGUAGGUACAACCAAUGAUGCGGAACUUCGAACCACGACCACACCGAUGCCCGAGGUGCACCCUGCGAUCAAGACCAUUGAGGCAGUUGAGGUGGACGAAGAGAUACGUAUCACUGUGAUGCUGUUCUGCGGUCGCGCCUUAAUUUUGCAGGCCACAACCUUGCAGACUGUGGCGGACCUCAAGAGUGACAUCCAGAAAAAGGAACAGAUCCCAGUGCAGGAACAACUCCUGAUCUUCAAUGAACUGACAUUGAAGAACACGUGCAGACUUCGGGACUAUGGCAUUAGCCAUGAUUCUUCGCUGAAUUUGGUGCGUGUCAUGGCAUUGGACCUGAAGAUCAUGGGUGCUGGGAGCAGGAAGUGGAACCUCCGAUUGCAGCCUCAGGACACCGUGGAGGAGAUAAAGACUUUCAUGACCCAGAAGGUGGACAUUGCAGCAGAACAGAUGCUCUUCGUUUGCAGAGGAGUUACGUUGGAGGAGGGCCGCACCUUGCAGGAACUGGGUGUGCAAUCAGGGGACAUGGUGGCCUUGAUUCUUCGGCUCAAGGGUUGCGGGCAAUUCAUUGUGGAAACAGAUGCAGGAGAUACCUUCAGGGUUGACGGUGCAUGUGCGGACAGAACUGUGGCCGACGUGAAGACUGCCAUUCAAGACAGAACAGGUAUGUUGCCCAACGAGCAGCAGCUGAGCUAUGGAAAAAUGGUCCUGCAAGAUAGCCAGACCUUGGAACACUAUGGCAUCAAGAAGGAGUGCACGAUUCAUCUUGCUCGGCGCACUGCCAAGGAUGGGUGUCGCGAAAACUGCUGCCUUUGCUGCUGAUGUUUUCAACGACCUGCUUGAGGUCUGGCAAAAUUGAUCGAAGCAUAUCGAAGCAAAUUAAGAAACAGCAUAGCUUCCAGUGCAAACCACUUUGUCCUGGAUACUCUGACUUGCUUUGGGGUCAAUGAUAAGAUCGAGCUGGAGAAUUCGGUGACGGAAUAUAUAAAAUGCAUGGGAAGCACCAGUUGCAGUGAUUAAACAUGAAAUCCCU